AUGAAAAACCUUCUGUUUGACAUGUUACUCCCAAGAGAAAGUAGGGAGAGUUGCCAAAUCAAUGAGUAUGAUAUUCCAGCUAAGACUAGGGUUAUUGUCAAUGCUUGGGCGAUUGGAAGAGAUCCAAAGUAUUGGGUUGAAGCUGAGAGUUUUAAACCCGAGAGGUUUGUUAAUAGCUCAAUUGAUUUCAAAGGCACAGACUUUGAAUACAUACCAUUUGGUGCUGGAAGGAGGAUGUGUCCGGGCAUUGCAUUUGCCUUAUCAAAUGUUGAACUUCCUCUUGCUGAAUUACUUUAUAACUUUGAUUGGAAGCUUCCCAACGGAAUGAGCCAUCAAGAACUUGAUAUGACCGAGUCAUUUGGGCUUAGUGUAGGAAGAAAACACGACCUAUGUUUGAUUCCUAUUAAUCAUCAUCCGUAA